GCACGGCAGAAGCCCAACUUGGCAAAAGUUCAUGCUGUGGAAACUGCAGAAAAAGAAACCCAGUACAGGGGAAGUGACAAGAAGCCCAGCAUGCUGGAAACCAGGACAGCAAACACAAACUCAGCAGAAAGCUCACACGGCUCAGUCUCAGAUUCCAGAAGACCUCCAGUUAAGGGUUCCUUGGAUCUUAUCCAGAGUAUUGAAGAUGACCCUCUUCUGGACACCCAGCAUCUUCCACAUCACUCUUUACACGCUCAUUUUAGGCCCAGAUUCCACCCUCUUCCUACAGUCAUCAUAGCAAAUCUUCUCUUGCUAAUACAUCUUGUGUUUGUUAUUUUAGCAUUUUUAACAGGUGUGCUUUGUUCUUACCCCAAUCCAAUGGAGGACAAGUGCCCAGGAAACUAUACCAACCCAUUGAAAGUUCAGACAGUCAUAAUGCUUGGAAAAGUUAUUUUGUGGAUUCUGUAUUUCCUUCUUGAACGAUAUAUCCAGUAUCACCAUUGCAAAGUAAGAAACCGAGGCUAUAACAAGAUCUACCGGUCAACAAGACAUCUGAAAAGAUUUCCACUGAUGAUACACUCCACUGGCAGCACGGCACUCCUCCUCCUCCUCUGCCUGCAGCACUCCUUCCCUGAGCCCAGCAUGUGGUACCUGGACCUCAUUUUGGCCAUCCUGGCCCUGGAGCUGAUCUGUUCCCUGACGUGCCUGCUUGUGUACACAGUGAAAAUUCAAAAAUUUAAUAAAGCCAAGCCACAGCCUGAUGUACUUGAAGAAGAAAAAAUCUAUGCUUACUCCAACAAUAUUACCUCGGAGACUGGAUUCAGGCCUCUCUCGAGCCUGGAGGAACUUGUGGAGAAGCAGGGAGACAUCAUAGUGUACUUGAAGCGGCACAACGCUCUCCUCAGUCAGCGGCUGCUGGCCUUCUCGUCCUCUGACCUCGGCUCACAACCAAGUGGGAUUUGACAGCAAUUCCAGAGGAACCAGAGUCACUUAAGACUGAUCAACUCCCUGACAAGGUGUCACAGGAGAUUGCAGCUUUGCCAAGUAACAUUCUACAGUUUCUGUUGGAAACCUGAAUCUGAUUCUCACCUGUGUGACUGUUUAAUAAGUAGGACUCAUGGAUCAUUUGAAAGGCACUUUGAAGAGCCUUGAUAACUCAUGGAAAAUAUGUCUUUUGCACCUUUUGAAAUUAUUUAACCACUUGGUUUAUCCUAGGUCAAAGUGUAGUUUAAACAUCUCCUUGGCCAACACUUCUUCCAUACUCUUUGAAACCUGGUGAUAAUUUGUCUUUUUGUAAAGAAAGUCUGACAUGACAACCUACUUAAAAUGGGGUUUUGAUCAAAUGAGUUUUUCCCACUUUUAUACAGGUGAGAGAAGUCAUCAUUUCUUAUGGUUACUGGUUUUUUCCAUGGAGCCUAUGUAUUUUAUAUGCUUCUGUGGUAUUGGAUAUCCUUGGCCCUUAUAGUUUUUAUAAACAAUUUUCCACUAGGUUAUUUACCUUCCAAACCUUACAGUUUUCCUUCCUCCAAAAGUAAGAUUUGAAGUUUACUUGGACCGGUGUUAGGCCAACCAGUGCUGCGUGUGGCAGCAGCAGGGCCUGCGAUUGGCAGCAGCUGAAAUGGAGAAGACUUUAGGCUUCUCUUUCUUUACUUUGACCCUUCUUUGAGAGAUUGCUGUUUCAGUAUUGACCAAUUGUCAUUGAAUCAAUAAGUUCACUGAUUUAAAAGGAGUCUUCUGUGGCUUUAAGUUUGUCUGAAAGAAAAAAAAGAACUUUUUUUUAGUCUUGGAUUAUACUUAAAAAUUAUGAUGGGAAAAAUGUGUCAACUGUUUAUAUACAGAUAUUAAACAUAUCUAAUUCUUCAGAUAAAAUGAAGCAUUUUUAUGUGUAAAUGGCAUUUUUUUUCUCCAUUUUUCCUACUUUGCCUUUUUCAUUUAUCAGUUUGCUUUUGGCACCUUUCCAUGCUGCCUCAGCAAACCUCUUGGUUGAAUGGUUAACAUGAGAGAGGAGAUAUUUGUCAUUAGGUAUGCUGCUAAAAAUCUUUUUUGUAUUUAGCUGAAUAAUGAAUAUUUGAUUUCAAAAUCUUUGAGCAAAUACAUAACUGUUUGACAAGGAAUGUCUUCGGUGGAUCAUACCAUACUUAUGAAAUGGCAAAUGUCUGUUUCCUUCAGAUACAGUGCUUUCAGAGCACUCUCAGGAUUUUCUGCAGAGGACAGGUGAUUGAUUGCUUGUCACCUGCAGUCAACCCCAUUGAGUACCCCAAAAUGACAGCAUUCACAAACUGAAGCCAAAAUUGUAUUUUUAAAGUUAAAAUUGUAUCCAGGUUUCCUGAUUUUCUCUUCCUCCCUUUUUCUCUUUUUCCCUUCCUUUUAGUAUGUCUCAAAGCCAUUGUGUUCUGUGGAAAUUUGUCUCUGUGCCCUGGAGAGCUUUUGCCUUUAGCUGUUUUCCUUAAGGAAAGCACUGGUGGUAGGUGAUUAAUGCUCAUUUAUUUUUAAAAUUCAAUUUGUAUCCGUCAUCAGUUUCUAAGGUUAUGAGAUGAACUUUGGUUUACAGAGAAAAGUAUAGUUUAAAAGUUAGAACUCAAGUUCUGAUGGGAUAUCUGUAUAAUCACUAACAUGCUUUUCUAAACAGAAUGCUGAACAUUUCAAACAAUAAAAGAAAUUUUAAAAAGAA